AUGUCUGGGCGCAAAGUGAUGGUCCAACCCAUCAACAUUCUCUUCAACUACCUGCAAAAACACACUCGCGUGGUUUUAUGGUUGUACGACAACACAGAGUUCAGGAUUGAGGCUUUCAUCAUUGGAUUCGACGAGUUCAUGAAUGUUGUGCUGGACGACGCGGAGGAGGUGUAUGAUUGUAGCGCAAAGGCAGGGAAGGAGCCCAAACCACGGAGAGAACUGGGCCGGAUACUCCUCAAGGGAGACAAUAUAACGCUCGUCCAACCCGCACAAGCAUGA